ACAGAACCAAGGAAAAAACAACACCACUCUUGGGUUGGGUUUGGGUUACAGACUUACAGUUACAGACCUCUCAUGGCGUUCUGUGAUAUUAAACUCUACAGUGUCUCUAAAAAGAUUCUGAGAGCAUCACAAUCAAAGUACAAUAUCUUUGAAAACAGCUGGAUUCAUGGGGGCGUUGCCUUGUCUCUCUGUGUCUGAGGUUCCAUUUCCAUAUCCAAUUUGUGUUCUGGUGGGGUCCCCUCUUCUCUUCUAUUUUUAGGCCACUGUAGUUGACAGCCUAAUCGACAACAGCCUGGAAAAGGUGGCCGGCACUAAAAAGCUUCAACCUUGAAUGGGUUUCUGUGGUGGGCUUCAUGUUCUAGUGCACACCCAUUUCACUCUGCUGCUCAAAGUUUCAAUCUUGCUCUCUCAUUGAGGACUUUCCUACUUGGUAUAGAAGAAUUGGAUAUUUGGGACCGAGUUCAAUAGAUCUGGGGUGUUUGAAGUUGUGGAGUUUGGGCAUUUGGGUUUGUGGGGAUUGUGUUUUACUGAUUGUUUGGUGAGUUGGUUGGGUUUGAGUAUGGUGAAGAUGAAACUAGUCAGUUGGGUAGCUUUGGUUCUGGCAAUUGUGUUUAUGAGUCAUGAAGCUUCUGGUUUAUUCAAUCCUGUUGAUAACUACUUGAUUGCUUGUGGUUCUUCGAAAAGUGUCACAUUUCAAGGCCGAACCUUUGUUCCUGAUACACUGCAGUCUUCCCUUGUACUGAAAAGUGCAAAUUCUUUAGUUGCUAGCUCCAAUUCCAAUGCCCCAUCCCCUAUAUAUCAAUCUGCUCGAAUUUUCAAGGAAACUUCUUCCUAUAAAUUCAAAAUAGAGCAAGAAGGCCGGCAUUGGGUCCGCCUUUAUUUCUACCCUUUAGCAAAUUCUGGCCAGAACUUGGCUUCUGCUCCAAUAACUGUGGUGACUGAUAGUUUUGUACUCUUGAACAACUUCACUUUUGAGAACUAUAAUGCUUCUUAUCUGUUCAAGGAGUAUGCAAUCAAUGUGACAUCGGAUAGUUUGACCCUCACCAUCAUUCCUUCAAACAAUUCAGUUGCUUUUGUUAAUGCAAUUGAAGUUGUCUCGAUCCCAGAUGAGCUAAUCCCUGACCAGGCAUAUGAUGUUAAUCCAUCUGCUCCCUUUAGCGGCCUUUCUGCACUUGCCUUUCAAACUAUGUACCGAUUAAACAUGGGAGGUCCUUUACUUACUGCUGAGAAUGAUACCCUCAAAAGAACCUGGGAGAAUGAUCUGAAAUACCUUCAUGUCGACAGCUCUGCCGUAAAUGUGUCAAUCAACCCUGCCAGCAUAAAGUAUCCAGUCAGUGUGACACCAGAAAUAGCACCUAAUUGGGUCUAUGCCACCGCUGAAGCCAUGGGAGAUGCGAAUGUACCAAAUGGAAACUUCAACAUAACUUGGGUCUUUACAGCAGAUCCAAAUUAUUUGUAUCUUGUUCGGGUACAUUUCUGUGAUAUUGUCAGCAAGGCACUGAAUAACCUAGUUUUCAAUCUUUUUAUCAAUACCGACAAUGUGCUCUCAAGUCUUGACCUCUCUUCCAUUACUGGUGACUUGAAUGUGCCAUAUUACAAAGACUUUGUUGCCAACUCCUCAGCAGAUUCAAAUACGUUGACUGUCAGUGUCGGUCCAGAUUCAAUGGCUGAUAUCACUAAUGCAAUUCUGAAUGGCUUGGAGAUUUUGAAGAUCAGCAAUGACUUGGGGAGCUUGGAUGGGUCUUUGUCUGUUCAGAGUCUCCUUCCCAGUUCACACUCUAAGAGUAAUAAGAUAGAAAUCUUAGUUGUGUGUGUCGUGGGAUCUGUAGCUCUUGUGGCAAUAAUUUUCCUUUUCUAUUGCUGCGUGGCAUCUCGCAAGUCGAAGUCUACUCCUAACCAAGGGCAUCCAUGGCUGCUUCUGCCCUUGUAUGGAAGCUCUCAGACAAUGACCAAAAUGUCCACAACUUCACAGAAGAGUGCAUCAGCUAGCUGCAUUUCAUUAGCUUCCUCCAAUCUUGGCCGCAUAUUCAUGUUCCAAGAAAUCCUGGAUGCAACCAAGAAGUUUGAUGAGAACCUACUUCUUGGUGUUGGCGGUUUUGGCAGAGUUUACAAGGGAACACUAGAAGAUGGGACAAAAGUAGCUGUUAAAAGAGGAAACCCCAGAUCCGAACAAGGUCUUGCUGAAUUCCGAACUGAGAUUGAAAUGUUAUCAAAGCUUCGUCAUCGCCAUCUUGUGUCUCUUAUUGGUUACUGUGAUGAAAGAUCAGAAAUGAUUCUUGUGUAUGAAUAUAUGGCUAAUGGACCGCUCCGGAGCCAUCUAUAUGGAACAGAUUUGCCAAGCCUAUCAUGGAAGUUACGCCUUGAAAUCUGCAUCGGGGCUGCAAGAGGGCUCCAUUAUCUCCACACUGGUGCAGCUCAAAGCAUAAUUCACCGAGAUGUGAAGACAACAAACAUUCUCUUGGAUGAGAAUUUUGUCGCCAAAGUUGCAGAUUUUGGCCUCUCAAAAGCGGGUCCAGCUAUAGAUCAGACUCAUGUCAGUACAGCUGUUAAGGGUAGUUUUGGUUACCUUGAUCCUGAAUACUUUAGAAGACAGCAGCUCACUGAGAAAUCAGAUGUGUAUUCUUUUGGUGUAGUUCUAAUGGAAGUUCUUUGCACAAGACCAGCUUUGAACCCAGUUCUUCCCAGAGAGCAAGUGAACAUAGCAGAGUGGGCAAUGACCUGGCAGAAGAAGGGCUUGCUAGACCAAAUCAUGGACCCUAAUCUAGCUGGGAAGGUAAAUCCAGCUUCUCUUAAGAAGUUUGGUGAGACGGCUGAGAAGUGCCUUGCUGAGUAUGGUGUUGAUAGGCCAUCAAUGGGAGAUGUCUUGUGGAAUCUCGAAUAUGCUCUUCAGCUUGAGGAGACUUCAUCUGCGCUUAUGGAACCUGAAGAUAACAGCACAAACCACAUACGGGAUAUUGAAUUGACAACUCUUGAGCCAUUUGAAAAUAGUGUGAGUAUGAUCGAGGGAGUGCACUCUGGCACAGAUGAUGACCCUGAAGAUGCUGCCACAAGUGCUGUGUUCUCUCAGCUAGUUAAUCCUCGUGGAAGAUGAGAUGAAGAUGCUUUGCCUUUUGUCCCAGAUGUCCCAUUGAAUGAGAUACUGAUCAUCCUGGCCUUGAGAGUGCUCAAUGAGUGAUAAGGUUACUUCUUGGUUCAUUAUUAUAGUCUGUUACCUCGAUUUUUCAUCCACUAUAUACGUUGUAAUACAGUCGUGGUGGAUGCCAAUUAGUCCAUCAUAAAUAGUAGGUAAGGUGCCAAAAGAUUUACUGUUGUAUUCAUAUAAAUUCAUAUGGGUUACAGGAUUCCCAUGUUUUUACCAAAGUACAUGAUGUCAUUGUAUUCACACAUAAUUUUUUGUUCACAAGGUAUUAAGGUAUAGGAAUAAGCAUCGUUUGUGAUAUUGAUAUUCUAAUCUAGCUAUUUUCAAAGUAUAUUGAGGAUGAUCUUGUUCUUGGAGAUAAUACAAACUAUUCAUAGUCAUUCUCUUUCAAAAUAUCUCAGACUAUCUUUGUUCUAAACUUUGUUCUUAGAAUGCUGUAAGAGCAGCCUUGGAUUGAAAGCUACAUUGUUUAUAUUAGAAAUCGUGGAUUUCAUCAUCUUACUGUGUCCCAGGUACUGCAUUAACAGCAACUUGGGGAAGUGACUGAGAUACCAAUAUUUUUUGAAGUUCUCUUACUAAUAUGUUUCCUGAGAUUCCCAGAUAGAUUUGGAUGAUUAGUUCCUCUCCGUGUGGAGAGAUUUUCACGAGGUAAAUACAUGUGUUGGCCUCAAGUGUGAAGCUGUUAAAGUAAAGAGGAGUCCAAGGACUUAAAUCCAGGUAUAGUCCAUGCUUCAAGCUUCAGGGCGCAGAACAACAGAGCAAGUAUUGGUUUGCAGGUUUGGAUCGGAAUCUGAGCUGAAAUGCUUGUUUCUCUUGCAAUGGGAGUAAAUAUUUUGGCUUGUGAUCAUCAUCAAACUGUGUGCAUCAGGGUGAGAAUAAUUGAAUUUGCUUGCAAAUUUGACAAUCUUUAUUCUUGCAUAUGUAAUCUGCUUGGAUGAGUGAAUGUGAAGUACAUGCCGAAUCAUUUGCACAUCAAUUUGUUCUGCGAAUUCUAUAGAAUUUUUCGCAUGAUCAUGCAUGUUGUUUGCUAUCAUUAUACCAACUGAUUGGUUUUUCAUUGGGCAUGGUGGUGGUAGCGUUUUUUCAGCGAUUCUGAAGCUUGCUUGCAGAUCUUCAGUAGAACACAACUUUUAAUGUGUCAUUGUUACUAGGUUCUGAAUGUGAAUGUAGUAAACAGGUUAUCAAGUAUGCUUUGGUCCUAGUAUUAUGCAGGUUUGUUCUUGCGUGACGCGGCAAUGAAGCUUAAAGCGAGGGUGCAUUGCCGGAUUCGGACAUGCAUGCUUGGUUGCUAUGCGUUCAGCAUUUGACAAGGACUGGUGUAUCUGCAUCUUGCAUUUUGCAUUUUGCAUUUCAGAGGACUUCACCAUUCUCUGAAGAUCAAUGUUAACGGUACUAUUCCUCAUCAAUCUGUGGCCACUUCGCUUCCUGAUCAAUGCAUACGUGAAAUCACUGGCAAUGUUACCUCACUUCCUCUUGGUUUCUUCUUCUUCCCAAUUUUCAUGUACUCAAAAUAGUAUUUGUUCAUUUAACCUGA